UAAAGAAAGAGAGGGAGAAACCGUCUCAAAAAGGGAUGCCCAGAAAUAUCACAAAAGCUGUACCCCCGUCGCUCUCAACAUGAAAGCGACGCUCCCUGCUUCUUCGUAUCCGAGAUCUAUAUCAUGAAUGAAUGUAAGGAAGUAAGGAAUGGAUUUACAAAGUGCUGAUAGUUGAAUGAUUUAGCAGCCAACUCUCAUUGGACACACACAGGAAGUCCUGUUCCUGUCCAACUUUAAUUUUCCUAUUCUCGAAGCCUAGAUAAAUUAUGACAUAGUAUUAUACACUUAAUCAACUUCAAUAAGCCUAGUGUUUUUUUUCUUUCUUAGCAUAGGCCAGAGAGAGAGAGAGGGAUGAUUUUUGAAUCACGAGAAUUGUGAUUCAAGAAAAGCCGAGACUAUAUAUAUGGGGAAGAGCGGCGGCGGCGAGAUCGUGGAGGUGGAGGGCGGCCACAUUGUGAGGGGGAGCGGCGGGAACAGCAAGGUGUGCACGGCGAAGGGCCCCAGAGACCGCCGCGUCCGCCUCGCCGCCCACACGGCCAUCCAGUUCUACGACGUCCAGGACCGCCUCGGCUACGACCGCCCCAGCAAGGCCGUCGACUGGCUCAUCCACAAGGCCAAGUCCGCCAUCGAUGGCCUCGCCCACCUCCCGCCCUGGCACCCUACUGAUGUCAAUGUCGGAGGAGUACGGAGCCUGAAAGAAAGUGAAUCACUCCAUCGCCACGACGAGUGCGGCGACGGCGAGGGGCGGCGCCAGUUUGUUGGUUCGACAUUUGUACCACCGUCUCUGGACUCUGACGCCAUCAAGUCGUUUUUCCCGGAGGCCAGCUUCGCAUCUUCCGAUUUGAGGCAGUCAUUCCAAGAUCCGACUAACCUAGACGCCUACUUGUUCAACCCGCCUCAAAACCACUUCAUUUCACAGAGGGGAACCCUUCAGUCCAGUAACACACAUCCACUUCAACCUUGGAUGGAUCCCAAUCACCCAAUCAAUCCCUUUCCCUUCCACUAUGAGGCGCUCUAUUCCCACAACCCAUCUUCUGCCAGUCAACAACACAAAACAAGGGAACAAGAACAAGAACAAGAAGAAGAUUGGGCGAGUUCUACAAUCGUCAGACCAUUUUGAUCUUCGUCUCCCGUUUCCAAUUUGCUACUAGUAUUUUAUUUGUGUGUUAGUAUGUUUAGUCUCAACUAUGUAACAUGUCGUUUCAGUUUCUUUCUGUUUUCAAGACUCAUUUUUUUGCUUCU